CGAAAGUAGAAGAGUCGAAUCUGUUAGUCGUAAAAUCACAAAUGAAGGCGUAAUAGUCUGUAGUGCAGAGUCUAUCAAUCAAUGACAUGCGAUGCGCAAGACGGCAAGGGAAACCUUCAUCGAAAUCAUUUCUCAUCGGCACUCUCCACCUCACCUAGACCAUUUUCUUUUUCAUCAAAAUUCCUGAAUUGCUUAUUGUUCCCCAUUUGCUCCUUCCCUUCUUCCUCUUUCCCGAUUGUCUUCAAUCGCUUGGAUUUUCUCUCUUUUGCAUUGGAGCACACCCAAUGCGAUAACGAUACGUGUCGCACCUCAAAUCAUCGCCCCUUCGCUUUCUCACACUCAGUGGUGAUCAAUUGUUGUUCGAUUGGUUUCUCGGCGGACUGCAGCAGUUCGGGUGAUCUCAUCAGUGUGAAGUCAGUGCAUCUCGAUCGGAAAAGACCGACGCAGGUUUCCCCCCAAAGGCUGCAAACAGCAGAGAAAAUUCGUGCAACGACAACGACUACGCAAAUCAAGACUGGGACCUAUCAUUGAAUCCCAAGCUCGGUCUUUUGACAGCGACCAAGCUGCCAUCUGAGACAAUUUGGUCCCGUUUGAUCGGCAUCGUGACCACUUUGACAGCACAUUGUCUCGGUAUAUCGUGAGGAGCCGCCUACCAAACCCCGUAUUUGGACUUUGUCUGUCUCCUCGACAACAUCGUGAACCCCGCCGUGGGGCCGCACAUGAUCGCUCUUGCCGAU